AUGAGCCUGAGGAAUGUUCCCUCUGAAGAAGAGGUGAUGGGAUGGAAUCCACAAAGUCUAGCCCAUUACAUGAGGAAGCCUGAUAAUGAGUUUGUCACCCCUUGUUUUCGAAAAGCAUGUGCAAAGGAGGAAGAAGCCUGGGGGUCUGAUGAUUCUGAUAAUGGAAAUGUAUAUGAGAGCUUCGACAAGGAUGACAAAGCUGAAGACUACAUCUGUUCUCCUUCUGAGCUACAAACAGUAGAGAAGCAACACGGUGCCAAAACCUGCAAGGCCAACUACAUGCAGGAGAACUAUGCACGUCCAAUGAAGCCGCCUAAACUGGAGAGAAAUGCUGCUGUUCAGGACUGUCAUAAAGUUCUGUAUUCUGAUUUAAAAAUUGCAAACAUCAAGAAACCAGAACUACCUAGUACAUCCCUAAAGCCCACAAAAAAAUCAAAGGGCGGCAUUGUCUUGCCUCCCAGAUUAUCUUCAGUGAGCCUGCCUCAACCGCAUGCCACAUCUAACAGGAUGAAUAGACUCCCUCCAGUUCCUCUGAUAGCAACAAAACCUGUCCAGGAAAAAAAAUCAAUACCAGAACCAACACAGAUGAAAACACAAUCUUCAGACAUGCUUAUGGGAAGACACAAUCUACAUGUGGUUAGUUCCACACCGUGAGCACUUUCAGAGACAAAACAGCAGAUGGUGAUGUUGAAAAGAAUACUACUGAAACCAUUAUGACUGCUAAAACAACAGAAGAAACUGAUUUUUAUUAGGAUGUCUGGUAAACUGUAAAAUAUUGUGCUACUUAGUUCAGCAAUUCUUAUUUAGGAAUCACACCUGCUUUUGUAGCAAUAAAGAUUUUUGCUAGUCUCUUACUAUCACUGUUCUAUCAUGGUGAAUCCAGGACAUGGAUCCCAGCUGGUAUGGAGGAAAGGUGACCAGAUGUGUGGCUGAAAUGGCUCUCAGAGAGAUGAACAAGGUUGAAUGCUGCUUCUUCCUUCC